GGCAGUUGCUGGCGCGGCCGAGUCGGACUGGGAGUGGGGGUGGGGUGGGCUAGGAGAGUACUGGGGGCCUGGGCCCCCGGGGCUUCGAGUGAAGACGGAACCCUCGGGGCGGCCUUCGGAGUAGGAGCAAGAGCUCAGGAGAUCGCGCGGGGCGCGAGCUCUGCCGGCUGCCGGGCCCCGCGGCAUUUCUUCAGCAGCUCCUCUGGCGAGAGUAUAGAGAGUAGUGCUUACUCCGAACCAUUUGGCUCCCCCCCGGAGCAGGACUUCUUUGAGGACCCAGUUAAAUCGAUUUCCCAGCUGCUGAUGGGAUACUUCGGAAAUGAUAGCUGAGCCCAGCCCAGCCCCAGACACCAGCCAAAAAGAAAAUGAUGGCCAAGAGGCAACUGCACCAGCAUCUGCUGUACAAAAUGGUGGCUGUGUGAAAAACCCUAGCAACUUGACACCAAAAGAGAGAAGGAAGGUCCGAGAGCAGUGUGAAAACGUCAGAAAGAAAAACAUUUUAAGAAGGAAGAGGUCAAGUCAGCCAGAGAAUGACGAAGAUGAAAUUGAAGAAGUGGUGGAAGCAGUCACUCUCUUUGAGGUGGUCAGCUUGGGCAAGGUUGCUAUGCAGUCAGUGGUAGAUGACUGGAUUGAAGCCUAUAAAGAAGACAGGGAUUUGGCACUUCUGGAUCUCAUCAAUUUCUUUAUUCAGUGUUCUGGCUGUCAAGGGAUGGUGACUGCUGAGAUGUACCAAAGUUUACAUAGCUCUGACAUUUUGAAAAAAAUGAUUGAGAAGUUUGAUGAGGAAACAGGGUUGCAGUAUAAGAGAAUUAUGGCUCGCCCAUGGAUCUUAACAGUGACAUGGCCAAUGGAGUUGGAAGAUGAGGGUUAUCCAAUUGUUAAGCCUGGACCCCACUGGAAAAAAUUUAAGGCUAAUUUCUGUGAAUUUACAGCAGUGCUGAUUCAACAGUGUCAGUACAGCAUUCUCUACGAUGGUUAUCUGAUGAACACAAUCACUUCCCUUCUUUCAGGACUCACAGGCUCUGUAGUGAGAGCGUUCAGGCAUACCAGUACGUUAGCAGCAAUGAAGCUGGUGACAGCACUUGUGAGUGUAAUUCAGAAUCUUGAUGUCAGCAUCCAUAAUGCUCAGCAGCUUUAUGAAGUAGAGAAGAAUAGGACCCCUGAGGGCGAAACUGGUCCUAGAUUGGACGAGCUUGACAGAAAAAGGAAAGAGUGUCAGCAAAAACCUAUGGAAAUUGAAAAUAUGAUGAAUGCACUUUUUAAAGGGACCUUUGUACGGCGCUAUCGUGAUGUUAUUCCUGAAAUCAGAAUCGUUUGCAUCGAGGAAAUGGGAAGUUGGCUGAAAUUGUACCCAAACAUGUUUUUAAAUGAUUGUUACUUGAAAUAUGUUGGUUGGAUGUUAUAUGACAAGCAGGCAGAAGUGCGGCUAAAGUGCCUUCAGGGACUUCGAGGACUUUAUGAGCACAAAGAGCUUAUUUUUAAGAUGGGUCUUUUUAAUACCAGAUUCAAGAGUCGAAUUGUUUCCAUGACUACAGACAAGGAACCUGAAGUAGCUGUUGAAGCCAUGAAACUUGUGAUGCUGAUGGUCCUGCAUUGUGGGAAUACGGUAUCAUCGGAGGAGUGUGAAGCUAUGUAUCAUUUUGUUUAUGCGACAUACAGACCCUUAGCUGUAGUAGCUGGGGAAUUGCUCUGCAAAAGACUCUUUUGUCUCCCACCAGGUGAAGAGGAAGCUCCUCACUUUAAAAAGAAAAAUAAAUUUGUGUAUAGUUUCAGACGACUGAAAAAACUUAUUAUUUUCUUCUUGAACCAUGGGUUUCAUAAACAUGUCACCUACUUGGUGGAUAGCUUGUGGGACUGGGAAGACGGUUUGCUGAGAGACUGGGAGUGUUUGACAAAUCUUUUAAGGGACAAGUCCAUAAGAAAGGAAGAAGCCUUUACAGAUGCCCAGGAAACUGUUCUUGUGGAAAUAAUCGCAGCAGCAGUGCGCCAGACUGUAGAAGGUCAUCCUCCAGUGGGCCGAGGAGGCAGAAAAGUCCUCACAGCAAAAGAGAGGAAAUCUCAAAUGGAAGAAUGUGCCCGGAUGACUGAGCAUUUCAUUGUAGUGCUUCCUGAGCUCUUGGCUAAGUAUUCAUCAGAUAUAGAAAAAGUGACAAACUUCCUGCAAAUUCCCCAGUAUUAUAAUUUGAAUGUGUAUGUUACUGGACGCCUGGAGAAGUACUUGGAUGCCUUGCUAAAGGAGAUGAAAGAACUUGUGCACAGACACUCUGACCUUAAUAUCCUUGAGGCCUGCUCCAAGGUAUACAGCAUUUUCUGCAACGAACAGCUGGCAAUAUUCCCUAUUGUAUCUGAGGCCCGGCAUCAGUUAAUAGAAGAGAUGGUUAAAGAUUUCUACCAGCUUCUAGAUGACUUUUUCCAAGAGGAAGAAGGCUUUGAUAUAAGUGAAGAACACAUUUUGCGAAUGUCCUGCACACUGAAAAAACUAACAGCUUUUCACAACGCACAUGACCUCACCAGUUGGCACAUUGGUGACUGGACUCUGAAGAUUCUCAAUUUUGAGAAGGAAAAUGGAGGGUUGCCUGUUGAGACCCUAAUCCCUGCUCUUCAGUGCAGUUACUUUGCUCUCUUGUGGCAGCUGGAAUUAGCUACUGAAGCAUUAGUGGAUGAAGCACCUCCCUCUCAGGAAACUCUUUCGGAGUUGAAGGAACAGAUGACCUGUUUCCGCUUGAUAUGUGAAUCAUACCUCAAUCACCAUAAUAAGGAUGUGAGGGAAAAGGCCUUUAUUCUAUUAUGUGACUUACUGAUUGUUUUAAGCCACCAAGGUGUGGAUGAGGAUGAAGAUUUUGCAUUGCUUAAGUUUCUUCCUGAUCAUGAUCUACAGUCAAAGAUGAUUCAGUUCGUCAAGGAUCAUGUUUUUGGGGAGAUCAAUUCGCCUGAAGAGAAGAAUAAAGAGGAAGCUCAUAGACUGGAUUCCAUAUACAGGAAGCGGGUUAUUCUGUCUGAAUAUUGUAAACUGAUUGCUUUUAACGUGGUGGAAAUGAUGACAGCAGUUGAAAUCUACAAGCACUAUAUGCCGACCUACCAUGAUUUUGGUGACAUUAUUAAAGAAACAAUCAACAGAACAAGGCACAAUGAUAGGAUCGAGAGUGCCAGGACAUUGAUUGUUUGUUUGCAGGAGUUAUAUCAGAACCACAUGGCAACCUAUUGCAGCAAUAACAGUCGUAAAAAGCACAUUGAGUCCUCAGCUAACUUUGCCAGUAUUAAAGAACUUGCUCGUCGAUUUUCUCUCACGUUUGGUUGGGAUCAGAUGAAUUCCAGGGAAUCGAUAGCAAUGAUACACAAAGAAGGAAUUGAUUUUGCAUUUCAUGGAGAUAGCCAAGAUAUAGAUUAUUACCUCCCUCCCAAUCUAACCUUCUUGGUAAUCAUCAGUGAAUUCUCCAAUAAGCUACUCAAACCUGACAAGAAGCUGGUGUAUUACUACCUGCAGGAAUUUGUUACAGACCACAUGUUGUUGACUUGUAAAGGGGAAAAAUGGCAUCCAUUGUACUGUUAUCGCAGCUCUCUGAUAGGAACUGAUGAUGAUGCAGAAAGCACAAUAGCAAGUAGUUUUAGAGAAUGGCCUCCACCUGACAGAUCAAAAGUCAUUGCCACGAAGAGAAAAUUUUCUGAUGGGAGUCUUAUGGACAUAUCACUUCCUGGAAGCUCAAGGCAAGCAACAGAUUUACAUUCAGAUUCACAGCUCUCCUUUUUCUCAUGGAAAAGUAAAACAGUGACAUCAGAUGAGAACACGAUGGAUGUAUCAAGCCUUGCAGUGCAAGAUACCACACGGAGGAUGGAUGACAUGAUGGAAAGCCUGCCUGAAGAACAGACGGAGGACCUCAAUGAAGAUAUUGAUGUGCUUGAUAUAGACGAGGUAAAUUUGUGAAAAAGCUGGAAAAGUGGUGAAGAUCAAAAGCUGCUCUUUUUUCGGGAGGCAACAUUUUGAUUUUUCAGAUUUUCAUGUGGACAAGUGGAAACAGCGACUUUAUGAAGUGGGACUGUCACUGGAUCCUGGACCAUUGUGCUCUUUGGACUCUUGGAGUUUCAGGUCCGAAGAAAAGUAAAUUCCCUCAGAAUUUACUCCAGGGUAGCCUUUCACCUACCUUGGCUUAUUUUAUGUACAGGCAUACUAUGCCUAAAGUUUAUUUUUUCAGUGAAAACAUAAGUUGAAAUGACAUCUUGACAGAACAGUACCAUGGGUGAUAAAUGGAAGUGUUACUGUUUUUAUGGGUGUUUAUAAUGAAUACAGAAGUAUUGGUUAUAUUAAGAAUGUUAUUCAAAAAUCACAUUUAUCAGGCAGAGUCCCCCUUUUUAACAAUAAGGCAUCGAUUCCUAUUAUUAAAUUUCAAUUCAACAGGUGGAAUUCAGAAAUGACAACCUAAAGGAAAGGUUCUCUAUUCCCGUCUCCUCUUUUCAUUCUUUAAAUGAAUAAACAGCAGGCUAACUGUUUAUGAAGGAAAACAAAAGCAGAAAUUAGCCUUCUUACCAUUCUAUAUGGGAAAACUACUGGUGGUUUCAAUUUAACCAAUAUUUAUUUAAUAUUUUCAGACAAACAACAUAAACCAGACAAAGGAAAGAAAGCAUCCCUGUACUCAAGGAGUUUAUAUUCUGCCCUCAUGUUAUAUAGCAUGCACACAAAUGAGAAAGAAUAAUUUUCAGUGAGAGAGAGC